AUGUUCAAGCUUCUCAUCGCGGCGGCUCUCGCUGCCGUGGGCGUCUCCCAGUACAGCCCGCCGCCAUCUUUCGGCAACAUGACUAACUCAUCAACAUUUAUGAACCCGAUCGUGCCCACUGGAGCAGACCCCUGGAUGUUUCGCCACGAAGACUACUACUACAUGACCUACACCAACAACGUCAACAUAACUCUCUGGCGCAGCAAAUCCCUCACCGACUGGUCAACCGCAGAGUCCAAGACCAUCUUCCAACCUUCGCCCAAUCAGCCCUAUUCCACCGACCUCUGGGCCCCAGAAAUCCACCAGAUCGACAAUGCCUGGUGGGUAAUCUUCACCGCGGACCCCAACUUCGAUUCUCCACCCCCAGAGACGGAAAUGUGGUGUGAAUACAACUGCCCCGCCGUAAACCACCGCAUGUUUGUUGCCGUGGGCGAAGCUGAUGAUCCCUGGACGCCUGAGUACAGCUACCGCGGCCAACUCGAAACUUACGACCAGUUUGCGAUUGACGGGACAUACUUCCAACACGCCGGCCAAUUGUACCACAUCUACUCAUGCUGGUACCGCAAAUACGACGGCUGGCCCGCGAACCUCUGCAUCACCAAGCUGUCUGACCCAUUAACCACCGUGUCACCUUUUUCCGAGCGCCAAAUCAUUUCCGUGCCGGAGUACGCGUGGGAGAAAACACCUUUUGGACGGGCCUCUAAUGAUCGGCUCUCUUCAAACGAAGGGCCCCAGCAGUUGAUCAAUCCAGUCACCAACCAAACCUUCCUCAUCUACAGCGCUGCGCGGUCUGAUAACCGUAACUACUGUCUCGGCCAGCUGGAGCUUGUAGGCGACGACCCGAUGAACCCUAGUGACUGGCGCAAACAUCCUUACCCUGUCUUCUACCAGAACCCUAGUGAAAAGGCGUAUGGUGUUGGACACGCGUCGUUUACUACUUCUCCGGACGGCACUGAGGACUGGAUUGUGUAUCAUGGUAUGGAGGAUCCGACGAAUGGGUGGAGCGCGCGUACGAUUCGGGCGCAGAAGUUUGGCUGGAAAGAAGAUGGGAGUCCGGAUUUCCCUAAGCCGGGAUACGGGCCGUAUGAGGUGCCUAGUGGGCAGUAG